AUGAUGUUUUAUCCAGCUCCAGUCGUCAACAAGGCGCCCGUUGUCCCAAGGAGCGAACCACAAUCCAAUUGCUUUUCAAAGGAUAGAGCUUUUUACAAAGAACCUGUAUUCUAUCCUGAACUCUUUGAAUUGUUACAAGAGCUUAAACAUCAAGCCGAGGAGUUAAUAGCCUAUAUCGAGUAUUUCAACAACAAAUUCAAAAACGGACACAACAAAGGCAACAACAAAGACAACAACGAGAUACACUGGUUCGGCAAUAACGACUUCAACAGCAAAAACUUCCAUGACAUUGUCUACAGCAAUUGGCACUUGAACGAAGAGUACAUGAACAAUGAGGAGAAAACCAUUUGGAACGUAUACAACUAUUGUACUUUUAAUCAAGAGUGUCCAGUGGGGGAGGGGGGGGGAAACAAACCAGGAGACGAAGCUCCAAAGAUUACGAAAAGACGAAUUUUCCUGGGAUUUCUCUCCAUUUACAGAGGCGUGGAUGCACCGCUAUUUCAUGAACCAAGACCACCAAUGCCCCAUUUUGUAUCAAUUGUGAGAGAUGCAGAGAAAUUGGCGCGUGUUAAAAUUGAAGCAGGAAGAAUUGUUUAUUCAGUACAUUGUCAUGUAUGUGACGUCCAAGUAGGGGAAUUUCCAUUUUUGGAACCAAGAAUAGGUGCACUGAAGUUUCAUUCAAUCAAUCACAAUCUGCGCGACGUUGAAGCAGCGCAGCGUCCAUCUUUUGAACCAAAAAGAGCUGCACAGAAAGUUUACUCAGUAUACCACAAUGUGGAACCAGCCAGUGUUUCGGAAUCAGCAGCUUCUUCUUUUUCUUCUGGAAAUAGUGGCUUUUGUGGCGGAAGCCACAAAGACAAUCAAGCGCCAAAAGACGAACCCCAUCAAGAAACCACAAACGCAGCAGAGGCAAGUGAGGCUGUGACCAAGGUUUCUAAACCAAAGAAGAGACGCAGACGAGGUGGUAGAGGACCAGAAUUACCAUCAACUUGCAAUGAAGAAGAAGAAGAAGAAGAAGAAGAAGAAGAAGAAGAUGGUGAUGUCGUUGACCAAGUAGAGAAAGCAAGGAGACAGGUUACGAAUGAACGUGUUCACGACUUAUCGUUUGUGGAUUAUCCAGAUUGA